GCAGCAGCAGCAGCGACAGUCGGAGCGGCAACGGCAGCGGCGACGACGGCAGGAGCAUCGAGAGCUCGGCCGCGGCCGGGAGCCUCCGCGCUCUGGAGAUGAUGAGUGGCGACGUUGGGGUCAGCGCGGCCGUGGUCUUUGCCACCGGCUCAGAUUUAAAAGAAGAGAUAGACAAGAUAAAAAGCAGACAUGAUCAAGUUGAAACGGGCGUAAAAAAGUCAGCGAGCAUGGAAAUGUUUCCCUGGAUAACAGAAUUCCGUGCUCUGUGUAGGUCUUCAUUUACCCGACAAGGUCCAUCAUCUCUCAUCAAGUUAAUAAGAUUCUUCAAUAGGAAUGUAAGCUCGAACGUUAACGACUGCUAUAAAAAGUCGUCGCGAGCGGCGAAACUGAAGGAGCUCAUUAAAGACGCUUUAUUAUUGUUCGUAUAUUUCCAUCGUUUUGAACAGCCGCAGGAUCAAAAUCGCACGGUCUAUCUCGAUCAAAUGUCAGACCUAUUGGCAAUGUAUAUAGAUCUGGAACUCGUAGCGUCAAAGCGGAACGCUGACCCGCAGCACAACAAAAUCUCCGCGAGACUAGUCUCCUGCCUCUAUGUGUAUCUUGAAAAUUCGACGGAACAUUUACUGGAUACACUAAUAAAAAUUCAAUUAAUGAACGAGACACAUUUACAAAUAUUGGAUGCAGUUAUUUCAAAAAUCUUCAAAAUCAUCCCAGCGCAUCCGGAGACGGAAGUCAUGUACGUGCGCUACCUUCUAGUGUACCGGCUGUGGAAGAAAAUCCAUAGCAAUUUAGCCGUCAAGAAGCAAAUCAACGCUAAUGCGAUUUCGUCGUUGCGCUCGCUCCCUACAAACUUGCCAGUGAUUUUACUGGAGCAAGUUUUACCCUCGACAACCGUGGCACAGGGCAAACUAUCAGACCCGCAGUCGACCAAGUUUUACCUGUGUCAACACUUUGACUUGCGCAAGGCCUGCAGUCAGUUUCUGCAGUAUUGCAGAAGCAACAGUGAUGACGAGGCAACGAGUCCUGUUGACGAUAUCAUUCAGAGAGAUCAGAGACUGAAAAGUACUAUUACCUCCGAAAGAUGUAAUGUAGAUUCUGUAAAUAUCGAGUUUUCUAAGAGUUCAAAUUCAUUUGAUAAACAUAAUUCUAUCAAAAAUAUAAUAAACAUUCCUUUUACGGAUCUUAAAAUCGAAAGCAACAAUCAGUCUCGUUCCAAUAUUAGUAAUGAUAGUAGUAGUUUAAACGAUAAAUCUAUUAUAAAGCCCGAGAUUUUAUCUAGAAACAAAAAGUCUAAGCAUUUUGAUGACGUAGUUUUGAUUGAUCUUACUGAUGAGGAGGUAACGAAGAUCGUCAAAUGUAAGAAACGCCGAAAAAUUAGCUGGCUCGAAAAUGCUAAGCGCAACAUCGAUGCGAAGAUCAAAGUGGCGGCAAUGAAGAGGGACAAGGAUACGGUCGAUACAUCUCUCAAGAUAAAUGAAGAGGAUUUUAAAGAAAUAUUUCCAACACCGGAUAAUAAUAAAUCAUCGAAUGUAAUGACAACGGAGCUCGAAUCAAAGUUAUCGCACUCACCGCAAAAUCCAAUAGACGAUUUACAAACCGAAGAGAACAAUCUUCGGAAAGAGAUGGUGAAGUUGGUCGAGUCGCGCAACAAAUCGAUCGACAAAACAAAUUCCAGCUCUAGUCCACCAGAUUCCUCGGCAUCCGAAGUCCUUCGCUACGAUAACGAUAGCGAUAGCGUCACACAAGUAACUAGCAAUAAUGACCAAUCGAAUUUUUACGAUUAUUCAACGGCAGUAAUUGAACGUUCUAAUUCUCUCGUCGUUUCUUCGUCAAAUGUCGUGAAAUUCGACGAGGAAAAAGGUAAAGUCAGUGCCUUGCGCGAUAUUAAUGUACCGUCGAUUAAAAAACAGCCGGCAGACAGUACGGUAUCGAAUGUCGAAGCUCUGAAAGAAGUCGCCGAUUCAUCGGACGAAGGAAAAAUAACGGAUUUAUCGAGAGAAAGCCGUGCGGCGACUAAAAAAUCUGAUGUAAAUUUCACUGCUGCUACUUCGGUUGCUGAAAAUAUUAAGUUACAGAAGAUAUUAGAAAGUAAGCCCGUCGACUCGGCAAAGAUUAUUAAAGACAAAAAUUAUUAUUCAAGUGAACAAAAAGUACAGCCAUUAACGACAGAGAAAAUUGGUUUGCCGAAAAUUAAUGAAAGUGACAGCAGCAUUGAAGAGAAAUUGAACGAAAAGGAGAAUGACAAUGGUAAUAACGAUGCAUCCAAGCCGAAAUCUAAUCCAACGGAUACGCGAACGAGUAGCAUUCAGACGAAAGAGAAUGGCGAUGUAUUUAACAACAUUAAGAGGAUUCAAACCGAGAAUUCGGUACACUCGGCCACGUCAAAUGGAUUCUACAGCAUCCAAGAUUCCGAGAUCGAUGGCCUGACAUUGCUAGCUAGUGUUUCGGCCCAGCAACAAUUAUCAACGAAUAAGAAAAUGGAGCUGAAAGUUAAACCUUAUUCGAGCUUACAGCAAAAGCAAAAGGACGACGACAAUAACAUGAUGAUUAAUCGAAUAAUUGGCAUGUAUCCCGAGGACGCUCUCGAUAAGGUUGCUCUUCAAGUUGAAGUUUCCUCCACCGAACUUGUCACCAGCACUGUAAAUAAACAAAAGCAAAGUCACGACGCGUCGUCCGAUUUACUGUCUUAUAUUCUCGAUGAAUCGAUACAGAAUAAUUUGGAAAGCAACGACAACGCCAACGUCAUACUUAACGGUGAGACGGUUAUGCUUUUACAGAAAUCGCCCAACAGUAAUCUAUACAUCAUCAACAAAGCAGCAGUCGAUAAUAUGAAUGGGAGCAAUGGUAAUUACAAUAGCGACGACGAAGAUGGCAAUAAGUUGAUCGAGACCGAAGACACAAAAUGUUGCCAGCAGAUGAUGAUAAUGAAGCACGAGCCCGACGAUGUCGUUUCGCGCGGUCGAAUUAUCAAGCCAGACCCGGAUUACAUAGAUGUCAAGUCCAAUGCGUUGGCUCACGAGGAGUCAAAGCACCCGAAUCAAUCUCAAGGUUACGAAUUGCAUUAUGCGGGAUAUGCCAUUCCACCUCCUGGCAGCUUCUGCACCUACCCAAACAUUCAUCAUCCGUCAACUGGUUGUGCAUGCGUCAGUUGCGCUUACUGCCGCCAGCUACCAUAUUAUCUUCCAGCGACUCACGCAAUUCAAUCAGUACAAACGCAUUCAGCCGUCCAAGAGAAAAGGAUUAGCAAAAAAAUAGAGGCGUCGGCCAUGUUGGCCAAGCUCUACGAUGAUGAAUUACUGUGUAGCUUAGAGAAAGGCUUGAUAGAUGGUAAGCAUCAGAAGCCACAGCAAGAACAAAUUGUUGCGGAAGAGGAGAAAGAGAUCGUUCGUAGGUUCAAGCACGUUGACAGCAAGCUACCGCUAAAGAAAAGAUUGAAGGCUCAGAGGAUGAUGUCGAUGAAUUUCACCAAUCAGUCCGCGUCAUCGCCACAUAAAAAUGAAGAUGUAACGGCAGCUUAUCCAGGAACGCUGAUGAUGUCCAUUGCUGAUGUGGAAGUGCCAAAUAAUUCGCCCGACCAUGACCACGGUAACGUCAUUGAAAUGACUUCCGCAGCAGCUAAACCAAAUAAAAAUAAUUGUAAAGAAAGAACGAUGAAUAACAAGACAAACAAUCAGAACGUUCCAAAUUGCUUUUCGAAGAAAGCCAAUGGUAAGAAGAGAUUAGGCUCAACGGACGAAGAGGUGGAAAACAGCGGUGUUAGUGUCCCAAAGAAAUCUAAAAAAUCGAACGGUUGUGGACUUAAGCAGACGAGAAGUUCCAGGAGAACUGUUCCUACGGUAAAUUACGUAUAUCCCGAGAUUGAUCCCGAAUGGAAUCCGUCCGGUAAGCGCAAGAGGAAGAGGAACAAUCGAUGAUCAAAGAUAAAGAUGAGUUAAGUUCUUGCGGGUUGUGCAGUGUUUA